CCCAUUAUGAAAGACUACUUAUUUUCUUCAAGUCAAUUAGAGUCAUUUUCAUCUUCCUCCUAUUCCCUCAACUCAAACCCCCUCCCAUUUCAACCCAUUUGAAUCAUAUUCCCAUCUCAAAUUUUGUGUGGAAAAUACAAGAAAAAAAAUGGGGGUGAUCAAAGUGUCACAAACCUUUAGAACAAAAGUGACCCCAAAUAGGAUGUUCAAGGCCUUGAUCCUUGAUUCUCACAAUCUUGCUCCCCAACUUAUGUUUUCAUCAAUCAAGAACGUUGAAAUCCUCGAAGGCACCGGUGGACCGGGAACCAUCAAACAAAUCAAUUUCACAGAAGCGAGUCCGUUGAACUACGUGAAGCAUAGGAUCGAUGAGCUAGACGAAGAAAAGUUGAUGUGCAAGUACACAUUUAUUGAAGUGGAUGGAUUGAUGGCUAAGCUCGAUCGCAUCACACAUGAGGUGAAGUUUGAGGCAUAUGGAUUUGGAGGGUGUCGUUGCAUGAUUACAAGUGAAUAUUAUACAAAGGAUAAUAUGGAGAUUAAAGAAGAAGAUAUUGAACAAGGCAAAGAUAGAGCUGUUGGAAUGUAUGAAGUUGUGGAAGCUUAUCUUUUGGCACACCCUCAUGCCUAUAAUUAACAUUUUUUUGGAGUAUUGUAAUUUGUAUGUAUGGUUAUUUAUGUCUUUUUUUGGUUAUUUAUAUUUUGUGGAUUUUUUUUCUUGAUUCAAGCAAAAACAUAUAUAUAUUGAAGGUGAUGAA